AUGGAGGUCGCACUCUCAUUGGUAAUUUGCUUCGUGGGGUUGUCAUGGAGCUCUCUAAUAGCCCCUUACCGCUCUUUGUCCCUGAGACAAGCUGACAGCUUCGUCACGAGCUCAGCUUUUUUGCGGAGAGGACAUCAUGCUUCUGCCGUCUUGGAUGGGUUUGUGUACAUCGAUGGCGGUGAGUUCUCAUAUACUGCAGGAGGCGAAACUGUCUGGCAAUACUCCGAUACUCUAGUCUCCGUUAGCCUUACUCAGAAUUGGACGAACAAGACAGUCCCGAUGAACUCCAUCGCAAAGCGGAGCGGAGUUCCGAAUCUUGUUCGCGGCGGGCUCUGGGUCGAUCACGUAAAUAAGACAUUAUACACUGGUUUCUGUGGCACACCGUCCUCAUUUGGUGACAAACCGUUCGUUCCGAACGGUCUUUGGCAAUAUACGCCGGAUAGGGAAGGAAGCAGUGGCAAGUGGGAAAAUCUCAAUGAUACAGUGUCAAGUUCGUUUCAGAAUGAAAUCCGGCCCAAUGGCUGUCUAGUAGCCAGCGGGAAAGGGUUCGGCUACUCUCUUGGGGGCUUGGUUGGAGGUUAUGACCCGAACGAUGAUUACAAUGCCAGCGGUCUCAUCAGUUACGAUUACACAACGGGUGAUAUGACGCACACGACUGUCGUUGGAGGGUCGACGCGAGGCGUGGUCCAGAAUGGUGGUCUGAUAUUUGUGCCAAACUUUGGCCCUGCUGGCGUGAUGGUUUCCAUCGGUGGCGAUCAGCUGGGAAAAAUAACCAAGGGGGCCCUUGAUCUUGUCUCUAUGAAUACUGUCCAGCUGUUCGACCCGGCGACCGGAAAUUGGUACGAGCAGGCGGUGACUGGCAACAUACCUGAAAUUCGCAAAGACUUCUGCGUAGCAGGCGUCGCGUCAGACAACCAAACAUUCGAGAUAUUCUUGUAUGGUGGGUGGGCCGGACAAUAUGGCUCAGCAGCGCUGCCAUAUGAUUCCAUCUACGUGCUUACACUGCCGGGGUUUAACUGGGUCAAGGCUGACUACCCAGCUCGGAACCCGCGUACUGGCCUGACCUGUGAGGCAGUCGGAGGGGGCCAGAUUCUCACCAUUGGAGGUCUAGAUCCAACCCAUAAGGAUCCGAAUAAUAGAUACAUGGGCACUUACGAAACCUCCGACCCUAUGACCCAUGGCCUAGGGCUUUUUGAUAUGGGUUCUAUGGAGUGGAAGGGUUCUUUUAUAGCGAACGCCUCUGUUUAUACACCUUCUGAUGUGGUUAUGGAGUUCUAUAAAACGCACUCUCGGCUCUCGGCUCUUAACUCCACUGAGCUCACAGCUCUAUUCUCAGUGCAGAACUUCACCGGGACAUCAACCGUAAACACCGUGUCUUCUCCAUCGCCAUCUUCAUCUAGUCCGAUCAAUAAGCGGAUUAACAAGGGCGCUAUCAUCGGCGGUGUAGUCGGCGGUAUCGCCGGAUUGGCGCUGACUGUGGUUGCUGCACUCUAUUUUUUCACCCGCAGCCGACGCCUACAGCCUACUACCAACGUAGCGCAACCAAGCUACGAUGGAUACGAACAUAUGCCGGAACUGGAAACAGCUGGUGCAAAUGCCUGCAAUUUGGUCCCGAAAACUGAGAUGCCAACGAACGAGGUGUACGAGCUUGCAGGGGGGCCAUCACAGUCUAAUUUAAACAUUUUGGAUACUGUUGAGAAUAGAGCGACUAAAUGA